AUGUCAUCGCCAAUAGUUCAUCUUCAUAAAGCUCUAUCAACUGAAUCCCUUAACUUUCGACAUGAAGCAUCUCAGCACCGUCUAAGUUUACAACAUAUAUUUAAUUCAUGUGUGCUUGACAAACACCAGCGUGUCCAUGCUGGUGAACUUAUACGACAUUUUCGUUUCGUAGCUGAACAAAAUGUAGAAUUAUUAAGUGUUCAAUUUGAUUUCAAUUUUCUAUUAAACGAACUCGGUGGUUCCGAUCAACAAGUGACAUUUGAUCAAUUGUUUAAUGCUGUUGAAAAGCUUUAUUCUCAACUUAUUGACGAAUCAAGUGUAAGUACACCGGCAUCAAAAUCUAUUUCAUCAAUGUCACUUAAUGCAUCAUUAUCAUCUUUAAAAAGACGAAGGAAUAAAGAAAAUAUUGACUUACACACAAGUGAUGAUGCAUCAUCGAGUCCAUUUGAUUCUCGAAAAAAAUCAAAUGAUCAUGAAAAAUGUAAAAUUGAACGUUAUGAAUUACUCGAAAUAAAUCGUCGACAAACCGAAUGCUUACGAAUGCUUGAAGACGAAUAUAAAAAACUUGAAGAUGAUCAUCAACAUUUACAAAUUCAAUAUGAAGGAAUACAGAAGAAAAACCUUACAUUAGAGGAUGAUCUUAAUCGUAGUUCACGUUACAUAAAUGAAAACGUUGAUUUACAUAUAUUUAAAAAUAAAUUAGAAAUUUCUUAUCGAGAUUUAAAAGAAGAAAACCAAAGUUGUGAACGAGAAAAAUUCGAACUUCAAGAACAAUUAAUUGAUAUGGAAACUCAAUUGCAAAUGAUACGAAACGAACGUGAUCACUACAUGAAUAGAUUAAUCGAUGUGGAAGACGAAUUAAAAAACGAAUCCGAUAGUCGUCAGCAAUUUGAAGAGCAUUGUAAUUUGAUGCAAAAUCAAUUAAAAGAAAAUGAUCAAAGUAUCAACGCUUUGCGUUCAGCGUUAGAUGAAUUAAAUCUUUCACAUGAGGAUGCAAAACGAAAAAACGAAAAUUUAGAAACAACGGUUGAAGAACUUCGCCAACAACUUCGAAAUGCCAAAACUGAAUCGAUUGAAGCUCGUUUAUCAUUAUCGAAUUUAUGUGAUGAAGAAAGUUUUCUAUGCGAUGAACUCGAAGAACGUGUUGAUGUUUCACGUCGAGCAACUAUAUCCAAUGGACAGUCACUCUUUGCCGAAAUAAAUACUAUGAGUAAUAUUUCAAAUGAAUGUGUUUCGCAAUGUCUUGAUUCAUCGAAUAUGGAAACAAGUGAUGAUAUGGAAGUACAAAUACUUUUAUCGAAAACCGACAGUUUCAAUUCAAUACAUCUAAAAGAUGUUUUUCAUGAGUUACAUGUCAAUGGUAUGAAUAUUAAUGAACAUUUGAUGAUAUUAUUGAAUAAGAUUAACGGUGAACAAGACCGUGAAUAUAUUGUAACCGCAACAAAUUUAGUGGAGAAACAUUUAUUGGCAAUAAAAAAUUUAAUUAAAAAAGUCAUUGAUAAUAAAGAUGUAUUUGAAGGACGUUUUAGAAAACUGCAAACACUAUUAAUUGCAAGUCGAGAAAAACAAAGAAAAUUUGAAUCAGAAUUAAAUGAAUUUUCGAAUUCCAUUCAAUCAAACUUAACAUCAGCAAAUAUCGUUUUCAUAUUAAAAGAUUAUCAUAAUGUGAUCGAAGAGUUGAAACAUAAAGAAAAAAUAUCCAAUGAAAAAAUAAUCCGACUAGAAGAACAAUUACUUCAACGAAAAGACGACAGAUCAAUCGAAAGCGUUAGUACAAAAGCAAAUUUGGCAGAAAAGCAAAAGCAAGUCGACGACACCGCACUAUUAUCAUUGAAAAAAAUUCGUUCCCGAAACAAUUUAUCAAAUUUAACGGCUGGCAUUUGCCCAUUUCAUUCUAUUCGAGAACUACUACGCGAUGAUUAUGAAUUAUUUAAUUCGACUUCAUCAUUAUUACCAUGUCGAUGUUUAAAUCGGUCACGUUCGAGCCCAACAAUUACACAAACGCAGCCAUCAAUCGAACAUAUCCGACGUUUAUCAUCACCGUGUCCCUCGAUACCAAGCGUAACGACUGUCCGCACUACAGACUCUGGUUUGAAUACAUCAACAAGUCGUUCGCCAACAUCCGAUCUACAUGACGAUAUACCAUCAAUGGUUUUUCAGUUCGAUUCAAUAUUUAAUCAAACACUUACAACAGAAACGAAUGGUUCGAAACAAAACGAUAAAAAAUCUUUUCGAAGCGUUGACCGAUCCGUUAGUAUUAAAAGUACACAAUCCACACGAAUAAAACGAGUUCUAAAAAAACUGCAAUGGUCUGCAAUAAUAACUAGUUGUUCAAUAGUUUUAUUUAUUUGGAGUGUAAUCGUACGUUACUACUUUUUAACAUCACCGAAUGAUGAUGAUUGCAAUCGAUUAUCAUUUGCAUGGUGGCCAUUUGUCUAUUGUUCAACAAAUGGUAUUACUCUUUAA